UCCUGGGUAUUAUAGUCUAUUGGAGGGAAGGCGUCUUGGCGCCUUCUCUUCGCACUGUUUUCCGGAGACUGUUAGAGGAAGAGUGGCUUUUUCCUGCCUCCCAGGCUGCCCAGCGGCGCCGGUUGCCGGGGAACGCAGGCGCCGUGGGGAGGGAUGGCGGGAGGCUACUGCUUAGGUGCUGGAGACAGAGUUGCGCUGAUGAAGAGGAGCUUGGUCUCAUCAUGAAGCAACGAAAAGGCCAAGGGCCUGGGGGCAGCCGUGGGCGCAAAAAAAGAGGUUUAAGUGACAUUUCUCCGUCUACAAGCCUACCACCUCUGGUUGAAGGCCAGCUACGCUGCUUUCUAAAACUUACUAUUAAUAGAGUCAUAUGGAAGAUUGCAAAGCCUCCCACUUGUGUACUGGUCCGAGUGAGAUGGUGGGGAGAAACAUCAGAUGGAACCCUCUUUUGUCCCAGGGAUGCAUUGCAGACUGAACCAAAAGCUGUGAGAACAACUACACGUUAUGCUAUUCGUUGUGGUCCAAAACAGUUUACCUCUUAUCUAACAGAUAUGGCUGUGCUGGUGCUGGAAGUAAUCACCAAACUUGACCAUCUUCCAAUUGGUAGAGUUCAGAUCAAUGGACUAGCUCAGCUUUCUCCAACCCAUCAAAUCAAUGGAUUUUUUACCAUUGUUUCAUCAACAUCUAAGAAACUUGGAGACCUCCAGGUCUCACUUGCUCUGGAGCCUCUGUCAGAAACUUACGACAGCUACCAUCCACUUCCUACCACUGACAUGACAGAAAAUGUGCUUUUAUCUAAGCAGGGAUUCAGAGAGAAUACUGAACCCAGCAGUACCCAGUUUCAGGUUCCAUCAAGGCCUCGCGACAUACAUACCAUCAAAAUUGAUGGAAAAGAGUUAGGAGCCAACAGCAGUAGAUCAACCACUCCAAGGGGAAAAGACCAUGUAUACUUUGCAGAGAACCCUGAUACAAUAAAGGAUUCUUCCUUUGGACUACAGCACCAUCUUAAUUCAGGACAGAGUUUAGAGUCUGUAACGCUGAAAGACAGAGCUCCACGGAAGCAGAUGUCCCUUCUGAACAGUUCUGAAUUCCAGCCUCAAAUUAGAACAGUUGCCAAGAGUCACAGUGACUCAUGCAUUCUUUCUUCAAACAACCCCCCUACCAAGGAUCUUCUUUCAGCUCUGUUAGAACAAGGCAAUAAACUGCGUAAUGCCAUGGUGAUUUCUGCAAUGAAAUCAAGCCCAGACACCAGCAUGUUGUUGGACCAAGUUCAUCCUCCUAUUAAUGAAGAUUCUCUUAGAGCAUCAACACAAAUCAGGGCCUUUUCUAGGAAUCAGUUUAAAGACCACAUUGAAGAUCACCUCCUCCCUUCAACUGAGAAUACAUUUUGGAGACAUGACACAAAAGCUGAUACCAGAGCUAUACAGCUGCUGUUAGGCAGUGCUGAAUUAUCCCAAGGCAAUUUCUGGGAUGGGCUAGGCUCUCCUCCAGAUUGCCCAUCUCCUGGGAGUGAUGUGUAUUGCAGCAGUGAACUGAAUGACCCUCAGUAUGACCAAAGUCUUCUGGAGAACUUAUUUUAUACAGUACCUAAAUCUGAUACCAGCAUCAGUGAAGAGGAUGAUGAUGUCCCUUCUAAAAAAAUAAGCCAGUCAACAUCUCUUGCCAGAUCGUCUAAGGUUCUGGAGUCAAGUGAUCAUAAGCUGACGAAGAGGUCAACAGGCAAGAAAAAUAGAAAUUUGGUUGAACAACAGAUGCUCUCAGAAACUCCAGAAGAUGCCCAAACGAUGACACUAAGUGUGGAUAGACUGGCCCUUCUGGGUAGAACACAUUCAGUCAGAAUCAUCGUUGAAACUAUGGGAAUUCCUCCAGAUAAUCAUCAGAUGACCCCUGACAAAAAAAGCUAUGCUGGUCCACCACCUAAGGUGACUACAGCAAAAAAGCGCACUUUCUUUGUAGAAUAUCACUUUCCUGUGGGCUUUUCGGAAAGCGGAUUGGGAAAGACAGCUUUGAUCACUGAGGUUGUUCGACUCGCCUCCAGUAAAAUUACAAAUGGAAGGGUGAAGUUCCAGCAGCGAUUUGUGUUUCCAGUACAGUUUGGUGGCCCAAUGAUACAGCACUGGUGGAAUUCCAACCUCACUUUCCAAAUUUAUGCAAAGAAAACUCCACAGAAAAAGCCAGAAGUCAUUGGAUCUGCAUCACUUUCUUUGAGAGCUGUCAUUCAAUCAGAGCUGCUUUCUUUCAGUGGUCAACUUCCAGUGCAACAGGAAAAUGAUCAGACUCUGUUUGGCCCCCUCAAGGUAACCAUGGAGCUUGUUACAGAUAACAAAGAUUUCACUGGUAUCAAUACUAAGUUAAGUGGCAAUACCCAUUAUACCCCACUUUGUGCUCCUACAAGUCCAAAUAAGGCACUACCAGAACUUACCCAAGAUAUGACCUGUACCAAAAAUCCACAAAACUUAAAUCAAAUUCAUGAGGAAACUGCAAAGAAAGCACAGAACUUGGUGCUCCCCACCCAAAAGUCACCAAGCCCUCUAGCACCACAUCCUUCAACCUUCAUGACUAUGCCAGCUUCCCAUAAUUUAGUCAUUCAGACGAAUGGGUCAACAAAAGAGAGUGCUUUGCUGUUGCAUGUGCUAUUGAUGGUGCCAGAUGGGAAAGAUUUUAUUACUGGAGAAUCUGAGAAACAAUCACCAUGCAAUGUUUAUUUAAAUUGUAAACUCUUCAGCACAGAGGAAGUCACCAGAUCUGUCAUCGCAUGGGGCACAACACAACCGGUCUUUAACUUUUCUCAGGUGAUUCCCAUCUCUCUGUCUUCCAAAUACCUGGAAAGGCUUAAGAACAAUGUGAUGGUAAUUGAAACUUGGAAUAAGGUGCGGAGCCCAGGACUGGACAAGCUGCUCGGACUGGUGAAACUUCCCCUCCACCAGUUUUACAUGUCAUUCAAAGAUCCUAAAAUUUCUCGCCUGCUGCUGGAUGCCCAGUACCCAGUUGUUGCUGUCGACCGCUACAUGCCUGUGAUUGAUGUGUUUUCAGGCCACCAAAAUGGGAGUCUUCGAGUCUUUUUAGCUAUGGGUUCUUCAGAUCAAAUAAUGGCACUACAAAGAUUAAAGCAUGAAGAGGGAACACUCCCUCCCUUCAGCCCUAGGCCAGCCCAUUUCCUGGACCAGCCAACUGUAGCAUCUGUUGCUAUGGCAGAGGACCGAGGAAAUACAUUGAUGGAGCACUGCUUUGAGAUCCAUGUAGAAAUGGUUAAAGGGCUAUCCCCUCUUCAGGCAACAGUCUGGGGAGAAGCAGAUUGUUAUGUCCAGUACUACUUUCCAGUUCAACACUCGCAAUCCAGUGUGCUGAAAGGACCAGAGUUCCUUGAAAAUGGAAUUACUCUGAAGCCCUUCAGAACUGCAACCACACUCUGUGUUCCGGAUCCCAUCUUUAAUAGUGAACACCAUCACUCUCUCCUGUUGCCAGCUGAAAUUCCAGUGCAAAGGCUCCUACUAAGUGCCUUCUCUGCACAGGGCCUCGUGCCUGGAGGUGGAGUCCAGUUUGAAAUCUGGUGCAGAUACUAUUAUCCUAAUGUGAGAGACCAGAUGGUCGCCAAAGGAACCUUGCCAUUAUCAAGGAUCUGUGCUAUGGUAACCACCCAGCAUCGUGAGGAUGUGGGAAUACAGACCUUUAAUCUCCCUUUAACCCCCAGGAUUGAGAACAGGAAAGAAUUGAGGAACCAGUCAUCAGGUUUACUGGAUGUGGGCCUAAGGUACAGGCGUAGUCCAAGAACAGCAGAGGGAGUUCUUGCUGCCCGAACUGUUUCCAUCUCAGUCCAGAUUAUCAGAGCCUGUGGUCUGCAAGCAGCAGCCAAGGCUUUGGCUGAACAGGAACCCGCUUUACAGUUUAGUGCCACAGUUGGGGUCAAUGCCUCUGUCACCACUCAUCUCUCCUUCCUGCCCCAGGGAGAACAGCGCCGAACUCACCCUGUGGCCUGUUCCUUCUGCCCUGAGUUUUCCCAUCACGUUGAGUUCACGUGUAACUUGGUAACUCAGCACUGUAGUGGAGAGGCCUGUUUCCUAGCAGAGUUGUUGGAGUUUGCAGAAGUUAUUUUUGCUGUCUAUCAUGAAAAUACCAAGUCAGCCAGUGAUAUAAUCAGUAUUGAGUCAUGCAAAGAGUAUCUGCUUGGAGUAGUAAAAGUUCCAACAAAAGAGCUGCUGAUCAAGAGAUCUGGGAUCACAGGAUGGUAUCCUAUCAUUUUACCAGAAGAUGGGGGCCUACCUCAUGGCUUGGAGCUCAUGCAGAAGAUCGUGGGUGGUCUGGAGCUUUCAGUUUCCUUCACGCAUCGUGGAGAUAGACAGCGGGUCUUAGAAGCUGCUGGGCUAUUGGGCUGGAGCUUUGAGAACAGCCUGAAAGAUUUUGUCAGAAUGAAUGAAGGAGAGCCAGCCACUGUCACCAUCUCCACCCCAAGGCUGUGGCUGCCCAUCCAUUGCGUGCUGCUUGCUGGCCACAACCAUAUUCAUAAGAAUACAUAUUGCUACCUUCGCUACAAGUUCUAUGAUCAUGAAGCCUUUUGGACCCCUCUCAAGAAACCCAAGGAAUCUGUAAACAAAAAGCAGAUUAUCGUCACUUUCAAGGCGUCCAAAAGAGCAGAAGUCACCAGGGGCCCAUCACUGCUUUGGUACUUCAGGGAGGAGAGGCUAGAGAUCCAAGUGUGGCAAGCUUAUGGCAAUGAUAGUGUGGAGAGACCCCAUCAGACAGACAGCUGGAUUGGCUCAGCCUAUGUGGACCUGGCCAGACUUGGGGAGAGGUCAGCAAGGACACUAACUGUCAGUGGUGUGUAUCCUCUGUUUGGACGAAAUGCUUCCAACCUCUCAGGAGCUGCCUUGCGAGUUCAUGUAGUUCUUUCUUCUCUUUCCUCACAUCUUGAGCCCACUCAUGAGCUGGACUCCAUGGACUGCAGCAGCCACAGUGAGUCUGAGCAACUCCCCAGAAGAAAUGAUGAGGUCCAACUUUCUCCACUGGAAGAAGUCUCCUGCCACCAGAAGUCUCCUGCCUCCACUCAGGUCCCCUGCAGCAGCACCACAGCUGAAGUCUGCCUGACCCAGGAGGGCCCUGCUGAGUUGGAUGGAACAUUUGCAGUCAGCAUCCUAGUAGAAAGAGCAAUGCACUUGAGCUUGAAAGGGAGCCCCUUGACAGAGCGGAAAGUAUCGAUACCCAGUUGUUGUGUAUCCUUUGCAACAGCCGAUGAAUCAUCUCCUGUAUACACCCAAGUGGUUGAAAACACAGAUUCCCCCAUCUGGAAUUUUCAACAGCAGUCAAGGCUAUCAAAAGAGCUGCUUCUGGACCCACAACAAACCCUGGUCUUCAAAGUUUGGCAUAAAGGAGAUGAAGAGAGGGUGAUUGGCUUUGCCUCGGUGGACCUCUCCCCACUUCUCUCUGGCUUCCAGUUUGUCUGUGGCUGGUACAACAUCACGGACUUCGGUGGAGAGUGCCAGGGGCAGAUAAAAGUUGCUGUCUCCCCUUUGGAGAGUUUGAUACACUUCAAAGAAGAAAGGCAAGCAAGGCGUGGAGUGGAGACCUCAAAAUCACUGAUCCCAAUAUACAGUCCCUUUUCCUUCCCUGCCUCUGAUAUGUAUGCUGCAUUCUCCAGCCACAUGGCAAGGCAGACCCUAGACCAACUUGCUCAUGCCUCCUCAAAGGAGCUUGAUUUCUCCUCUCCUGGGAGAAGUGGCACCACAAGAAACCAAGCAUCACGCCAUGAAGAGCAUGUGCAGAACAUUCGCCGGUUUCAUGAAUCCCUGCAUCUUCAGGGAGAGGCAGUCUUGCCAUGUGAUGACAAGCUGACCACAUCUCCUUUGUCCUCCCAAACCUCCAUUCUGACUUCUCUCAGGAAGAAUCUGAGUGAGCUUGAUCAGAUCCAGAGAUACUUCAGCCAGAAGCUCACUAAGCCUUUCCUACCGCUCAGCCCUCAAACUCAAACGGCCAUCUCACAGCACCAGGAGAGCUGUAAGGACCAUCUUGGGCCAGGUGCCAGCAGCCUAGACCCUGGGAGCCAGUGUAUCCUGGAGAAAUCCAAUAACCUGGUGUUGCAAGUCAGCUCCUUAAUCACAGAUCUGCAGACUAUCACCAGGGAUUCCCGAGCAGCUUUGAGUUCUCACCGAGCCAGGAGUAGAAACAACAAGGCCACCACCCUCCCAGAUGCUCAGGACACAGAGGCACUGCAAGAACGAUGCACAACGCCAGAUGAGCCAUUGGCAAGAGCUCCAGAUAAGGGCACAGAUUCCCCACCACCCCCUCCUCUCGAAGAGACUUCAAAUGGAGGAAGAAUGCUCCAUGAGUCCCUGAGGCAUACAGUACCCAUUGCAAGGAUGCAGAGCAGUGAGGACACUGAGGCAGGCCCAGACUACAGUGAUGAAGACUAUGAAGAAGACAUCAUUGAGCCCAGGACCUUAAAUGAGAUCACCACGGUGACAGACAAAACUAGCCCUUGGUCUAGUUUCAUAUCAGACACAAGUGACGUCAUCAGCCCUCAGCCUGACGAGGUACAGAGGGAAGGCCCUUCUUGUCCUUCUCCAGGGCCUUUCUACAGAGAAGAGCUUACAGUCAAAAGUAGCUUUCUUUCCAGCCCAGAAAGGGCUGUCAACUCCCACCUGCCUAGGGAGGGUUCUCCUAGCCAAAGUCUUAUUGCUUGUGAGGGUGAGGCCUCUAAGGCCAAGGUUAGUGGCGAGUCUGCCUCAGCCAACCCUCAGCCCAUCCCAUGCCCGACACUCUCAGGAGCCCAACAGAGCAGCACAUUUGUUGGAUGGAGUUCACCACAGGCAGAUCAGAACAAGGAGCCUAAGUCAGAGGCCCCUGCCGAGAAUGAAGCUGCCACCAGUGAGCUCAGUGACUCUGCUGAUAGCUUCAAGAAGUUGCCGCUAAGCCUAGCCUUCCAGAGCAGAAGGGAAAAACAUAAGGGACCACCCAUCGACGCCUCUGACAUCAGGCAGAGGCAAGUGACAACUGGAUCAGAGACAUCCACAAAGCAUAGCCUCCUACUCCCAGAGCCCACUGUGGUGCCCAACUUCUUUUUGCCUCCCCAGCAGUUGGAGGCUUCCCUGCGGAUGCUGUCACUCUCAGCAACUUUGCCACCAGCAGCCACAACAGAUCAGUUCCAGCCUGCCAGCCCACCCCUCCCCAGCACCACAGAGGCCAGCCUCCCUCUCAAGUCACCAGCACAGAGCAUUCAAGGCCCGGGACCCCACUUUCCUUGGGGCUCAGGGAACCUAAAGAGGAGCAGUUGGAGACCAGACCUCAGGGGGAAAGCGCCAGGUAAAGAAUAUUCCUCCAAAUCCCACUCUAGCUCCCACAGACAACCUGAUCGGGGUCAGGAGGACAUGCUCCUAUUCCAGGUUGAGAGCAGCCUCUGAUGACACAAAGGGACCCUGAGGGUCGAGACCUCCCAUCUCCACUUCAAAACAGUGUGUUAUUUAUCAGUAUCUUAGCCCUGGAAGCUGAAUCUUCCCAGUGCCAACUCUGAGGUAAAUGACUUGACCAGGCAUGUGGCAUGGAUUAAGGCAUGAGAUAGGUGUUCCCACCACCAGAACGAGCCAGUGGCUGCCUCUCUUCCCAACCCAUAGCAGGCAGCCUUGGGACUUCUAGCAUGGGCUGGCCUCUGGACAUGGAGCCAAAGCAGGCAGACCUGGUCCUGCUCUGAAGCUCCCAAGCCAAAGAGAGCCUGGCUCUCCCUCCCCCUGGGUUUCUCCAGAGCCUGCUGCCUCCUGCUUUGGCCUUCUACUCUAUUCUUCCCCCACAGACUCCCUGCAAUUUACUCCACCACCUCCAGGCUAGCAAUUACAGAUGGAGCUCAGAACCUACUUCCUAAGCCUUCCUACUCUCAGCAGCCCUGACAGCCACUUCCCUCUUAACACUAAUGCAGCUGCUUAUUCUGCUGACAUUAAGGUCAGGGCCUGGUCCAAGGAAGAGGACAGGUACAGCCCAAGCUUUGCACUUGAGCGUCCGUACCUCUGACCACCUGCCCUGUGACCCUGGCUGUGUGCCGAAGUCCAGAAAAGACUUCUGCCUACUUCUCCUCUGCCCUACCCAAUCAACUCCCUCUCCUUCCCUCCCUUCUGCUUCUCACUCCUCCCCUCCCUUCUCUUCCUCUUCUCCCCUCCCCCCAUCACCUGGGGCCCGAUUCAGCUAUGCCCAGCCCUUACUCUAAGUGCCCAAAGAUGGAGCCUCCAGUAGCUUCUGUGGGGCACCCUUCCACCCCGCCCCAGCUCCCUUGGCUCCAGCAGUGUCCAUGCUAAAGCUUCCAAGUGUCAUGUCAGAGAGAAUGGUGGUCACAGUAGAUAAGCCCAAAAUGCCUUAGAGUUUACAGGCUAGAGUCAGGCCCUGCCACGUGCUGGCUACAUGGCCUCCCUGAGAUUCCAUUUCCUCCACAGUAAAAUAAGUGGUAAGAUUUUAGGAUCCCCAGCACUAAAAAGAAAUGAAAUACUGAAGCAGGCUCCAACACGGAUUAACUUGGAAAGCAUUACUAUACUAAGUAAAAGAAGCCAGUCACAAACAAGCACAUAGUGGAUGAUUCCAUUUCUAGGAAGUGUUCAGAAGAAGCAAAUUUUUAGAGACAGAAAGUAGAUUGAUUAGUGGUUGCCUGAGGCUGGGGAGUGGGGGAAGGGGAGUGACUACUAAUGUGUAUGGAGUUUUUCCAGGGCAGGAGGGUGAAGGGUGAUGAAAAUGUUCUAAAAUAGAUUGUGUUGAUGGUUGCACAACUCAGAAUAUACUAAAAACCAUUUGAAUUGUGCACUUGAAACAGAUGAAUUGUAUAGUAUGUGAAUUCUAUAUCAAUAAAUCUGUAAUUAAAAAACAAAAUUAGGCCAGGUGCAGUGGCUCACACCUGUAAUCCCAACACUUUGCCAGGCUGAGG